AUGUUCAAGAGAUAUCAAAAAGUUGCAAUUGUAACAGUUGUACUAUUUUCAUUGUGGCUUGCCAUUUUAUUAGAUUUCAUUCAAUUGAAUUUGUCACCAAGUUUGAGAUCUAUCAUCCCAGUUUUACCACUUUAUGCAUUGGUCACAUUUGGAAGUUACUCAUUAGGUUCGAUUUCAUACAAUCUAUUGAUUAUGAACGAUUGUAAAGAAGCUGCCGACAGUUUAUUUGAUGUUCGUAUUUAA